AUUAGACAUUAUGAGACAUGAUGAGACAUAUGACAUGAGACAAUGUGAGACAUGACAUGCGACAUGAUGAGACAUAUGACAUUAGACAUUAUGAGACAUGAUGAGACAUAUGACAUGAGACAAUGUGAGACAUGACAUGAGACAUGAUGAGACAUAUGACAUGCGACAUGAUGAGACAUAUGACAUUAGACAUUAUGAGACAUGAUGAGACAUAUGACAUGAGACAAUGUGAGACAUGACAUGAGACAUGAUGAGACAUAUGACAUGCGACAUGAUGAGACAUAUGACAUUAGACAUUAUGAGACAUUAUGAGACAUAUGACAUGAGACAAUGUGAGACAUGACAUGAGACAUGAUGAGACAUAUGACAUGCGACAUGAUGAGACAUAUGACAUUAGACAUUAUGAGACAUUAUGAGACAUAUGACAUGAGACAAUGUGAGACAUGACAUGAGACAUGAUGAGACAUAUGACAUUAGACAUUAUGAGACAUGAUGAGACAUAUGACAUGAGACAAUGUGAGACAUGACAUUAGACAUGAUGAGACAUAUGACAUGCGACAUGAUGAAACACAUGACAUGAGACACGAUCAGACAUAUGAAAUUAGACAUGAUGAGACAUAUGACAUGAGACAAUGUGAGACAUGACAUGCGACAUGAUGAGACAUAUGACAUGCGAAAUGAUGAGACACAUGACAUGAGACACGAUGAGACAUAUGACAUUAGACAUGAAAUGAGACAUAUGACAUGUAACAUGAUGAAACAUGACAUGCGACAUAUGACAUGAGACAUAUGACAUGAGACAUAUGACAUGAGACAUAAUGAGACAUAUGACAUGAGACAUGAUGACAUGAGACAUGAUUAGACAUAUGACAUGAGACAUGAUGAGACAUUUGACAUGAGACAUGAUGAGACAUUUGACAUGAGACAUGAUGAGACAUUUGACAUGAGACAUGAUUAGACAUAUGACAUGAGACAUGAUGAGACAUUUGACAUGAGACAUGAUGAGACAUUUGACAUGAGACAUGAUGAGACAUGAUGAGACAUUUGACAUGAGACAUGAUGAGACAUUUGACAUGAGACAUGAUGAGACAUGACAUGAGACAUGAUGAGACAUUUGACAUGAGACAUAUGACAUGAGACAUGACAUGAGAAUAAUAAUAAUAACAUGGGCUGCUUGCAUUGCAUGUGAAAGGGCGCUUGCAAUGCAGCAGGCCCAUAAUAAUAAUAAUAAUAACAAUAAUAAUAAUAAUAAUAUUAAGAAGAAGAAGAAGAAGAAGAAUACGAAGGAAGAGGAGGAGGAAGAGAAAGAGGAAAAUGAGAAGAAGAAGAAGAAGGAAGUAGAGGCAGGGUGAGAAGGAGAAGCAGAAGAAGAAUAAGAAGAGGAUGAUGAGAAUGGGAAGGAGAAGAAGAAGAAGGCUAAAAUGGAGGAAGGGGAUGAGGAGAAGGAGAAGAAGAAGAAGAGGAAGAAAAAGGAGAAAAAGAAGAAGAAGAAGAAGAAGAAGCAGAUGAAGAAGGAGAAAAAGAAGCAUAAGGAUAAGAAGGAGGAGAAGAAGAGAAAGAAAAAGAAGAAGAAGAAGAGGAAAAAGAAGAAUAAGAUUCAGAAGUAUAAGAAGGAGGAGAAGGAGAAGAGGAAGAAAAAGAAGAAGAACAACAACAAAAAGAAGAAGAAAAAGGCUAAAAUGGAGGAGAGGGAUGAGGAGAAGAAGAAGAAAAAGAGGAAGAAAAAGAAGAAGGAUAAGAAGGAGACGGAGAAGAAAAAGAAGAAGAGGAAGAAAAAGAAGAAUGAGUAGAAGUAGAAAAAGAAGGAGAAAAAGAAGGAGAAGAAGAAGUGGAAGAAAAAGAAGAAGAAGAGGAAAAAGAAAAAGAAUAAUAAGAAGAUUCAGAAGUAUAAGGAGGAGAAGGAGAAGAGGAAGAAAAAGAAGAACAACAACAACAAAAAGAAGAAGAAAAAGGCUACAAUGGAGGAGGGGGAUGAGGAGAAUAAGAAGAAGAAGAAAAAGAGGAAGAAAAAGAAGGAGAAGAAGAAGAAGGAUAAGAAGGAGGAGACGGAGAAGAAAAAGAAGAAGAGGAAGAAAAAGAAGAAUUCGUAGAAGUAGAAAAAUAAGGAGAAAAAGAAGGAGAAGAGGAAGAAAAAGAAGAAGAAGAGGAAAAAGAAAAAGAAUAAUAAGACGAUUCAGAAGUAUAAGAAGGAGGAGAAGGAGAAGAGGAAGAAAAAGAACAACAACAACAAAAAGAAGAAGAAGAAGGCUAAAAUGGAGGAGGGGGAUGAGGAGAAUAAGAAGAGGAAGAAAAAGAAGGAGAUGAAAAAAGAAGAAGAAGAAGCAGAAGGAGGAGAAGGAGAAGAAAAAGAAGAAGAGGAAGAAAAAGAAGAAUGAGUAGAAGUAGAAUAAGAAGGAGAAAAAGAAAAAUAAGAAGGAGAAGAAAAAGAAGAGGAAGAAGAAGAAGCAGAAGGAUAAGACUGAGGAAAAGGAGAAGAAAAGGAAGAAAAAGAAGGAGUAGAAAUAGAAUAAGAAGGAGAAAAAGAAAAAGAAGGAGAAGAAGAAGAAGAAAAAGAAGAAGAAGGAGAGGAAGAAAAAGAAGAAGAAAAAACAAGAAGAGGAAGAAGGAGAAGAAGAAGGAGGAGGAGAAGAAGAAGAAGUCAAAUAAAUCAGUGGUCCCCAACCACCGGGCCGUGGCUCGGUACCGGUCCGUGGAUCGAUUAGUACCGGGCAGUGCAAGAAAAAGACAAAUAUAUAUAUAUAUUUAUUUGUAUUAAAUCAACAUAAACAACAGAAGAUACUUACAACUAGUGCACCAACAUAAACAACCUCCCACAGGCUGGUUUCUUUCUCUCAGUAAUAUUCUGCUUCCUACAUUAUAGAUCAUCUAGCUAGUUAGCAUGCAGGUGGCGCUGACUACACUUUAACCUUCAUCACUUCCUGAGCAUCUAGCUAGUUAGCGUGCAGGUGGCGCUGACUACACUUUAACCUUCAUCACUUCCUGAGCAUGUAGCUAGUUAGCGUGCAGGUGGCGCUGACUACACUUUAACCCUCAUCACUUCCUGAGCAUCUAGCUAGUUAGCAUGCAGGUGGCGCUGACUACACUUUAACCCUCAUCACUUCCUGAGCAUCUAGCUAGUUAGCAUGCAGGUGGCGCUGACUACACUUUUAACCCUCAUCACUUCCUGAGCAUCUAGCUAGUUAGCAUGCAGGUGGCUCUGACUACAC